UUAUGAACUCUACGGACUUCAGUAACACCUCUCCAAUAAAUAGCGCAAGUCCUCCGUUUGAGACGGCCUUCUCAUUGCUGCAGACCAAAGACAGAGCAGUCUGUCUAGUACUUGAUGUUUCUGGGAGCAUGAAUGACUAUAACCGCAUUAAUCGUCUGUACCAAGCUGCGGAGAUAUUCCUGCUACAGAUCAUAGAAAUGGAUUCCUGGGUUGGAAUUGUCACAUUCCAUUCUACAGCACAAAUUACAUCUAAUCUACGACAAAUAGUCAGUGAGAAUGUACGCCAGGAUCUCAUCAAAUGCCUGCCUAAAUCAGCUGGUGGAGGAACUAGCAUCUGCGCAGGAGUACGCAAAGGAUUUGAGGUGAUUAAACAAAAAUACUCUAAUCUCGAUGGUUCUGAAAUUGUACUGCUGACAGAUGGAGAGGAUAGGGGUAUGAACAUUUGCCUUACGGAGGUGAAAAAUAGUGGAUCGAUCAUUCACACUGUUGCCUUGGGGCCAAAUGCUGCUCCACAACUAGAACAAUUUACAAACAUGACAGGUAAGUAUGUCUCUGAUCUAAUUCUGCUUUUGGCAUGCACACUUUAAGCAUGAAAUGUACAACUGGAGUGGUUUACAGCUUGUAAUAUGAAAAGAAAAUAAGGUCAACUAAUUCCAGUCGAAUUUACAGAAUGUUUAUUUUCAGCUGAAUAAACACAAUAAUAUUGGGAGCAAUUGUUCUUGCUUUAAAAAAAAAUGUAUCUGAUAACACCCUGCUUAAUAGCGAGGUUUGAUAAUUAUAUUACUGGAGGAUGUUCCUCUAAACAAAAAGAUAAACUUGGUGUUUAAAUGAUUAACAGUUUAUUUCUGAUGUUUACAUAGCAGUGAUAUGCAAACCUAUUAAUGUUCUAAGUAGUUAAAUAAUGACCAACUCACAAACAGUCACAGCUGGAGGGCUCUAGCUGAGGAGUCAGCAACCACAGUCUCUAAACUUGCAACUCGGAGGCUCAGUCAGCUCUGCUUUGCAUUGGAGCUGCACCGUUACUUUGAACUUCAGCCAUUUGAAGGAAAGCCAGACGGGUGCUGGGUGAUGCUGCAGUACAGGGCAACUACCAUGGGAGUUCCAUGUGUUGAUUUAGAAUGUAGCUUUACCCUGAAUAGUGACUAGGUAUAAAUUGCACCUUCUUAGUCAACAAAGAUGCUCCUUUUUGUGUAUUCAGAGUCACAUCUGCUUGCUUUAGGGACUUAAAUAAGAUUGUACUGCUUUUUUACUCGUUAGCAUUGUACAGCCAACAUGGCUGUGAGAGAACAACCUGAAUUCUGUUCUGGUUUGUGUAUUAUAACCAGGGGGUCAAAUAACUUAAAGGACUUACCAGUAUGCCGGACUCCUGAGCGGGGGCUUGGCCUCAACCGGGAGAGGCAGGGCCUUUCAAUAUUUAGCAGCUGGAGCCCUGGACCCUUUAAAUCACUGCCAGAGAAGCUGGACCAGACCAGACAGGCUUACUUUCACUUCUGAUUAUAACAGAAUAGUUCACUAAGUUCUGAUCACAGAAACUUUAGUUUUAAGUGGUUGAUGUGUGAGCCAGAAAGAACCCAGCUGGUCUUUCAGAGCCCAGUCUCAGCGGGCAGGGCUCACUGUUUGAAAUAAAUGGCCAGAUUUCCAAAGACACUGUGCACCAGAAGUUCCCAUUGGCAUUAUGGGUGCUCAGCACAAAUAAAAAGAGGCACAAACGUUGUAUUUGUAAACUAAGCAGAUUUGAUCUGAGUCACCGAGAAACAAUAAUCUUGGAAUUCCACCAUGUCAUUUUUACAGAGGUGUUUUUCAGAGUGAAAUUGCACUUUACAGGUCCAUGGCUCAGAGUCUAGACCCCAAGAACAGCCUAUGAGUGAGCACUGUACUUGAUGAAGUGCUACAGGUGACAAGUCAGACCAAGCUAGGUGGAGUUAAAAUGUGAACAGAUGGGAUCAUUUCCCAGGUCAGACUUGCUUUCUGCUGGAACUCACUGGGUGUUUGUAUUAAUUGAUUCCCCACCACCCAGCGGUUCCUCCCUGCACUGCCCCAUGAAUAAAGGAUAAUAAGGGACCAACAUUUAAUUUAUCAAAUUAACACUGUGCUCUAUAGCAACAACCAAACUAGCAUAAGGCACAUAACAAAAACCUACUUUUUUACAGUAAAUGACUAUUCUGAUUAUUUUAACAAUCAUA